GGAUGCAGAGAUAAAGGUCUGCAUAUGAGAAGGUGUUUAGUAUUGAUCCAGUAUCUGGUGGUAGGUUGUAAACUCGCGCUGUGGACCUGCAUGGUGGACUCUCUUAUCUUCUCUGACGGGAAUAGUAUCUCUGUAACAACAUGCCUAAAAGGAAGUCUGCCGAAGGGGCCAAUGCCAAGGAUUCCUCUAAAGUCGCUAAGCAGGAGGUCGCUAAGCAGGAGGUCGCUAAGCAGGAGCCCACCAGACGGUCAGAGAGGUUGUCAUCGAAACCAGCUCCUCCCAAACCUGAUGCGGUCAAACCUAUGAAGGCUAUCGCCAAGAAGCCGGUGGACAAGGUGUACGACAAGGCCAUGAAGGGAAAGAAAGGCGGAGCUAAGGUGAAGAGGGAGGAUGGCCCCUCCCAUAAAGGACAGACCAUGACGGAGGAGAUCUGUGUGUCUCGCUCCAGUGUCCGUAUGACCUACCACAGAAGUCUUGCUCCCGGCUCCAUGUCUGUCAGAGGACAGAGUGAGACGGUCCGAGUCAACGGAGACUGAGGCUGUGGGGGCGGGGUCUGACGAGGAGAAGGAAUGAGGAAAUUGGGGGGGGGGUGUCUUUCUCUUACUUCUCCCAAACCGGUACCAUGGAAAUGAAGAAAGGAUCAUUUUUACAAGGAUUUUGUAAAAUCUUGCUUUUUAUGGGUCCUGUGAUAUUAGCGAAGAUAAACCAACACCCCACGUUGACACCUCCUCUCUCUCUCUCUUUUCCAAUCCUUUCUUCCCUCUCUUCCAUUUUGUUGUUUUACCCCUCUCCUUCCUGCUCUUUCCCUCUCUUUCCCUCUCUUUCCCCCCUUCCUUUUCUUGAAAGACAGAGUGGAAGGAGCCUCACGGGGUCACCAUGAUAAUGCCUCUCACAUCCUUUCUAAAUGAUGAUGUCAUAUCCUCUCUACUGUGAUGGCGCUUUUUGAUGACAUCACUGUAAAUUUAAGUUGAUCUCCCUAGAACAUCAGAGACCCAGGGGUCAAACUUGGCUCCUAUGACAUCACAGGUCACCUUUGACCCUGACCUGAGGCGUUGCCAUGGAGAAUAUUUGCGGCUUUUUAAGCAGAUUUUGAAAAAGUGUUGAGAAUCGUCACUGCUGUGUUUGAAACUCUGCUGUUUUAGUGUGUGUGUGUGUUUUAACCCCUGGUUGUCUGGCAGAGCAAUAACAAGCUGUGUUUCCGUUCUAGAACUCUGUGGCUUCCAGAACCUCUCUGGGUUCCACCCUGCCUGGGGGAAAACAUUAUUUUGAAAUAAAAACAGAACGUUGA